AUAAGAUUUUUCAAAAAAAAAAAAUAUAAUUCAUAUGGCGCCAGCAAAAACCCUCACUCACUUGGCUGAGCAAAAAACUCUUGAGUCCAGCUUUGUGAGGGAUGAAGAUGAGAGGCCAAAAGUUGCCUACAACCAAUUCAGCGACGUGAUUCCGGUCAUAUCAUUGGCCGGAAUCAACGACGCAGAUGGUCGUAGGGCCGAGAUAUGCAAGAAGAUUGUUGAAGCAUGCGAGGAUUGGGGAAUAUUUCAGGUUGUGGAUCAUGGUGUGGAUACCAAGCUCAUUUCCGAGAUGACAACUCUCGCUAAGGAGUUUUUCGCCUUGCCACCGGACGAGAAGCUUCGCUUCGACAUGUCCGGUGGCAAGAAGGGUGGUUUCAUUGUCUCUAGCCAUCUCCAAGGAGAAGUAGUGCAAGAUUGGAGGGAGAUAGUGACAUACUUUUCAUACCCGAUUCGCAACCGCGACUACUCGAGGUGGCCGGACAAGCCGGAAGGAUGGAUGGAGGUGACGAAAAAGUACAGCGAGGACCUGAUGGGGCUUGCAUGCAAGCUCCUAGAGGUCCUCUCAGAGGCAAUGGGGCUAGAAAAAGAAGCACUAACAAAAGCAUGUGUGGACAUGGACCAAAAGGUUGUGGUGAAUUAUUACCCAAAAUGCCCUCAACCAGACCUCACACUUGGAUUGAAGAGGCACACAGACCCAGGCACCAUCACACUCCUUCUUCAAGAUCAGGUUGGUGGGCUUCAAGCUACAAGAGAUAAUGGUAAGACUUGGAUCACUGUUCAGCCUGUGGAAGGUGCCUUUGUUGUCAAUCUAGGAGAUCAUGGUCAUUUCUUAAGCAAUGGUAGGUUCAAGAAUGCUGAUCACCAAGCCGUUGUGAACUCAAACUCUAGCCGUUUAUCCAUCGCCACAUUCCAAAAUCCGGCACCGGAUGCGAUCGUAUACCCUCUUAAGGUCGAGGAGGGAGAGAAGCCGGUGAUGGAGGAGCCGAUCACCUUCGCCGAGAUGUAUAGGAGGAAGAUGAGCAAGGACCUUGAGCUUGCUAACCUAAAGAAGCUAGCCAAGGAGAGGCAAAACCUCCAAGGCUUGAACAACACAAACAAAUUGGAAGCCAAGCCUCUUGAUCAAAUUCUUGCUUAAGUAAUAAGUAGUUGCAACUUUCAUGGGCUAUUUAAAAUUACUUUAAUAAAAAUAUGUUUACAAUUCGCAACGGAAUAGUUAUUUGUCUGUCGGAUUAAAAAAUACCAUAAAAAAAUAUAUAUUUACAUAUUAUCUCUUAA